AUGAAAAAUUUUCAUUAUUACAAAACAUGUUUUACCCGCAUUUAUGCUUUAAUAUUGAAUGCCAUAACUCUAGUGCUAUUGCCAGUUAUAUUUCUGAAGGCAGCAAAUGACAUAAUGCCAUUCGAUUUGUAUCCAAAACUUAUGGCUAUUACCGUAUACGUGAACUAUGUCGUGAAUUAUGCAGCCAUAGUUUAUACCUUGGUAUCGAGAGUUUAUCGUGAUAAGGCAUUAAUGCAAGUGCAGCGUAUUAUUUUGAAAUUGCAACGAUUCGAGAUUGAUUGUUAUAGCAAUGAACUUAAUGUUAGUCGUUUGUUAAUUACACUAUUUUAUUUGAAAUGUUUUACCACCGUGUAUCUAAGUGUUAACAGUUUAGUGAGUUUCUUUGAAUGGCUGGAGUUUUCUUCGUUGUUAUCCGUCUUGGCCGCAUUAUUUUUCAAUUUUGGAAUCAAUAUAUUGGGAUCUGCUGUAUUUUGUUACUUUUUGGCGUUAUGGCGCAUGUCACUUGGAUUUGAGUGUAUCAAUCGAGAGAUUAAUCGUAUUAUAUCAUCAUCGUCAACUGCUUCGCAUGCUGAUUUGGUCACACUGCGUCAACUAUGGUCUGUGCAUGCACAAUUGAGUCGUACUGUACUUACUGUCAAUCGAUUGUACGGUCUUCAAAUGCUCGUUGCUCGUUUCUAUUAUGUCACUUUCACUGUCAUUUAUGGCUACUGGGGCAUUUUCUUUACCUUCGACACGAAUACAUCAUUUUGGUUGAUAAUCUAUGGUUCUAUAACCUAUAUUAUCCGCACUUUAGACUUUUAUUUGCUCGACUAUAUCUGCGAUUUGGUUGUCAAGUAUCAGAGUCCUCCGAAACAUGAAGUUACCGAAGGCAAAUGGUUUAAAGAGCUAAAUUCCUACAUCAUCUAUGGGAAUAGCAGUCGCAUAAGCCUCUGGGUUUGCGGUCUCUUCAAAGUGGAUCGGCAACAAUGGUUCGAAAUGAUGGGCGCCGUUUUGUCCUACUCCGUGGUGUUAAUGCAGUUCCAUUUCUAUUUGAAGAACACGAAUAAAUAGCUUUAAAAAAAAUACGAAAUUUUAUCACAGAAAACUACAAGAUGACUUCCUUCCCCUUUUUGCUUGAAGCCAGAGCCAAUAAUUUGCUGUUCGAUAAUUUCCAAAUGAAUGCGUUCGACAAAUAAAUU